CGUAUUGUGCAAGUCGAUUUGAGAUACGGCUAACGAAUAUCACUCUUCGUUUUGGUGUUAUUGUCUAAAUUUUGUUCAUUUGUUUGAUUGAGUUUAACAUCAAAAGAAUCUUCAAAAACAAUGGGCAAUAAAAUCGCAACAUUUACCGAGCAACAGUUGGACGAUUAUCAAGAUUGUACUUUCUUUACGCGAAAAGAAAUAUUAAGAGUUUACAAACAUUUUCGCGAUUUACGGCCGGAUUUAGUGCCAAAGAAAAUGACUGAAGGUCAAGCAUCGAGCAUAAAGCUGUCGCAUCAAGACAUCACCGUUCUGGAAGAAUUACGUGAGAAUCCAUUCAGGCAACGAAUAUGCGAAGCAUUUUCUCGCGAUGGAAAGGGCAAUUUAACAUUCGAAGAUUUUUUGGAUUUGUUGUCCGUGUUCAGCGAACAUUGCCCUCGUGAUAUCAAAGUGUUUUAUGCGUUUAAAAUUUACGAUUAUGAUAAGGAUGGUUUCAUUGGACAAUCGGAUUUGAAAUCGGUCAUUGAAGCGUUGACACGAAAUGAAUUGUCGCCAGAAGAGCACCAACAAAUUGCCGAAAAAGUCAUCGAGGAGGCGGAUGUUGAUGGCGAUGGAAAGCUAUCAUUCUUAGAAUUUGAUCAUGUAGUCACCAGAGCACCAGACUUUUUAAACACAUUCCAUAUUCGACUCUAGACAUUUUUUUUGGUUGUUUGUUGUUCGUAGUUUGUGUGUGUGUGUUUGUGCUCUUUCACAUUCUUGUUUUUUUGUGACAUAGGGUCACAAUCUUAAUCAAUGUCGUUUUCGUUUAAGCUGAGCUCUUCACUCGGUGAGCACAUAUCAAAUAGCAUAAACCGAGCACAAAAUUCAGAAUAAUGAAUAAAAAAAAACAAAAUUUAUUCGAAGAAUUAGAGAUCUGUUCACCUGUUUACCUAUAUUUAUAUACAUUUAAGAUGGAAUAUUCGACCAAAAUGUGGGCUUCAGAUUGGCACGUGUCAAACGACACGGCUUUUUUAUGUAGCUAAAAAUAUCAUUUAAACCGAUUUAACAAUCUUUAUCCAAUUUGAUUGGCUCUUUAUGGUUUUUAAUGAAAUCUAGAACCAGAUUAAGAGAUGAAAAAAAAAAACAUUAUUUCAAAUUGAGGAAAAAGGACGAAAAACGUAAUACUUUGAGAGGAUUUUCAUCGCCAAAUAAUUCUGACAAUUGUUGCGAACAAUCGAUCAAUUUAAAUCAAUAUCAGUGAAUGCUAUUUGCAUAUUAAACAAAAUUACGAAUGAAAGAAUUCAUCACAUUUCACAUUUACUUUAAUAAACACGGACAAAUGGAAUGCAUUAGCAACAGGAGAAAAAAAAACGAAAAAAUAAAUAUCCUAAUAUAAACAAAAAUAUUUAUAAAAAAUACCCAACAAAAUACAAAUAAUCAACCAAUACUGUAUGUUUUUUUUUAUCUUGAUUAUAAUCUAUACGAAACAAAAUGCUACCGAAUCAAAAACAACAUUCAUUCACAUUGCCUGUAUCGAAGUGUAAAUGUUAAGUAAAAACAACGGAAACAAAUGUUAAGCAAAACAUUUGCUUCUGGAUUACAGUGGAUCAAAUCGUAGAUUAGUCACUAUUUACACGAAUCAACUUCGAUUAAAUACAUAAACAAUCGAUCAAUGAGAAAUCGGAUAUAUCGAUGAAACUUGCAUAUUUUUCCGGUACACAGCACACACGUAUAUAUAUGCAGCACAUGUGCACACAUUUCAUUUUCAAAUCUCGACAUUUCACAGAAUACAAGUGCUACAGAACAGAGACAAGUUUUACAGAAGACGGCAUUUUCCAUUCACAUCGAUCUCGUGAAAUUGACCCAUUUCCAACAGCGUUGCGUUAUUCCACCAGCAAAAUGAAAAAGGCAUCAAAUUCUGGUGAUUUGCUCGAACGAUUUGAACAACGAGCGAUUCAAAGUGUUAAUGCCGACUACAGUAGCAACGAGCUAUUUUUUGUCUACAAAAAUUUGUUUGAAACUCGAAAUGGAUCGAGCCCAAUUGGAAUUUUUGAGCAGCGUCACAGUUCGGGCAGUUCCGAAAGUUUAAAAAGAUCACCAAUAUCUAGCGAUUUAUCAAAAUAAAAUCGUUUUAUUUUUCUUUCGUUUGCUAUUAAACAUCUGUUUGGAAAAGUUUGUUGUCAGCACCUACUUUCUUAAUCUUGUGUUGUGAA